AUGUUGCGCAAUUCCCGCAAGCGUAAAGAAAGCUGCUUGUCGGCAAGCUCAAAAUGCUUCCCCGCGUUACAAAUCGACCUUACCGUACAACUCUCGAUGACCAUCAAAAAUUGUGUACAGGCCGUGUGUGACUUCUUCACGAACGAUGUGAAAGGUGCAAUGGGCGAAGUAUUUGCACAGAAACUGCACGAAAACAUGAAGGUGCACGAUGUCUAUGUGGACUCUGAGGGCACCCCGACGGUCAUUUUUGAGCUCUUCACAGACCCCUGGAUGCGCAACGGACACGACAUUGUUCACGGAGGGUGUCUUUCGACGAUCGUCGAUUUCUAUUCUACGCUUUCUUUGGCUGCAGAGCCGAGCUUCUGGUCCAAUACCGACGAGCCCCCGGUGGACGAUAUUAUGAACGUAGUUGGCCAAAUGGGCGUUUCGCGGGCCCUGUCGGUGCAAUUCAUCCAAGCCGUUCCCAUCAAUACCACAGUCUAUGUUGUUUCGAAGCUUGUUUCCAACACCAAGCGCAACAUCUACUUUACUUGCACCAUCAAGGACAAGUCAGGAAAGGUCCUGGUGACGGGGACCCACGAUAAAGUCAAAGUCACAGCGAAAUUAUGA